GAGGAGGAGGAGGAGGAGGAGGAGAAGGAGGAGGAGGAGGAGGGUGUUAAACACUGAGGAGAUACAACAUGUGCGUUCACAGAUCACUUAAACUCUGACGGAUUUUGCAUGACAGACAGACGAGCCACACCGGACGUCGUAAUGUAUCUACUCUUUGAUAUCAAUCCAGUCUUUCGGGAGUCUGGGACGUUUUGAAUUGUGAAAGGAUUUUGACGCACAUCCUCAAAGACAGGCAGACAGACGGACAAACGGACGGACUCAUAAAGAGCAGAGACUCGUUCAAAACCUAGAAUCUGCUGCUCAGGAUGCACUGUGAGAAACAUCCACUCCACAUCAGACAACAACAACAACCGCCCCGGCUCCACGCUGCUCCUAGAGACGACACCACAGAAGUAGCCCUCCGUUAAAAGGGAUUAAAUACAGGCUGACGUUUAGAGCAGAAUGAUGGGUAAUAAGGCUGGAUCAGAGGCCAGCUGCAGUUCCACCCGAGGCACAUUAUAGUCUGGACUGAGCGGAUAGAAGACUCACAUACUGGCAACGAUAAGAGCAACUGAUGGAUUUCCGGUUGGCCGGAGGAAAAUCGACAUUUCUAAGGAGGUAGAGCAGCAAAAUAUUGCACAAUCUGCAGUAAAGUUGAACAAAAGGACGAGGAAAUAAAGGGUUAUAAGGAAAAGACACUAGGUUAGGAGAGGUUUAAAGGGCUCUCUAGGACAAGCUGCAGGUGUGGACAUGAACAUGUUGUUUACUCUCACACACAUAUAAAGACACACUGACACACACGCUGGGCAGUGAACUAACAGGUAUUCCCCCAGAGUCGUCACCACGAUGAUGGAGAAGCUGAACCCCACCGGCCAACCUGCCUCACCCCCCAACCUACCUCGCCCCUCAUCCUCCUCCUCAUCCUCCUCAUCCUCCUCCUCAUCCUGUGCCUCUGUAGAGCAGCACAGUCCCGGCCACAACAAGACUUUAGCGGACUCCAUCAGCAGCCCGCGUCCUGUUAACAAGACAGGGCACAGGGGACACACGGAUGUCCCCACCGCUGGCUCGAUUCAGUCCCCCAUCGCCACAACGACGGUGUUAACCAGCCACCACACAGAUACAGCUGCUGCACCUGAGCCCAUCGUCAUGGAGACCGAGGAGGUGAAGGAGGAGGAGGAGGAGGAGAAGCGAGGAGGACCAAAAAGCACCAAAGCCCCUGCUGCUGCUGCUGCUGCUUUUGCCAACGGGUCCCCAACUCUUUCCUCUCCACCUCCGCUCCUCCCGGCGCCAGCCAAGACCACCUCUUACCCUUUACCACCUCCAACCUCCUUCCCUACGUCUUCAUCCUCCUCUCCUCUUCCUCCACACAUUCCAGUCAUCAGCCUUGGACACAGCAAACCACCUCUCCCGCUCCCCAACACCCCUCUGACUGCCCUACACCCAAUUCCCAACCUGCUACAUGGGCCCCACGGGGAGCUUCGCCGCAGUCAGCUGGCCUGUUUGCCCGUGGCCAGCCCCGGAGCUUCUGGAGCUACUGGGGGCCCUUUAGCUCUCUCUCCAGGACCCCUGCUGCCUCAGCAGUACCUGUCUGCACACCCAUUCUUCACCAGUUCUUACCUGGGUCCCUCAGGAGGAAACUAUGGUGUCAUCAACAGCAGCCGGAUCAAGAGAAGACCCUCGUCACACUUUGAGGUGGAGAUCAAUGAUUGCCCUGCACACUCAGACAGUGAUUAUGUGUGUCUAGGAGGCCCUCCUCAGAAAAUCGCUCGCCGUGUCUUCACCAACAGCCGCGAGCGCUGGAGGCAGCAGAAUGUGAACGGGGCGUUCUCCGAGCUGAGAAAACUCAUUCCCACGCACCCGCCCGACAAGAAGCUCAGCAAGAACGAAAUCCUCCGUCUUGCUGUGAAGUACAUCAACUUCCUGGUCACUCUGCUCAACGACCAGGCGCAGGACAAGAGCGGGGACUCGGCUGAGGACGAGGACGAGAGCAGCGCGGCCAGUUUGGACGGUAACAAACGGAACCUUCUUUUUCAGUGCGACACCCCUCCUCCGUCCCACGCCGCCCUGCCAUCCUCAGCCCGACCCGCGACAGUCCACAGAGUCAGAGACUCGACUGACUCGGUCAUUGCUCUGGCUAGCUCCCCAGCAACAUCCAGUUGCUAUGGCGACACGGACAGUGAGGAAAGCUUUGGGGCUAAGACGUCUUUGGUGACCCAUGGCAUUCUGGGAAAGGCCAAGGGUCAGAUAAGGAUGGUGGCAACUACAAAUGAUGAGCGGUGACACCAAAAGACGGCAAACAAAGAGGUGUAAAUGUCACACUGACGGACAGGACGGGACACACAAUCAUCCCCAGAGACCAAAAGUGUUUGAGGAGUCAGUGGGAUUCUCUCUUCAACUCCCUGAAAUAAGUAGGAGAUGGAUUUUCUGAGACAUUUUUGUAGUUUUAACUGUCUUUUCCAGUGACGUGCAAACAUUGAGCGUGAGGCUCUGUGUUUUAGGAAAAUACUGAACUGUGCUGCUGGGCAAGUUGAGAGGCAUGAAACAUCACAAGGUCACAAUGUUCCUUUGUUAAACACCUCAAUGUCAAACAAUGUGGAUCCAUAACAACAAAAAAGGAUUCUGGGAAUCUAAUGAGAUGGUCUGUUUUGAUUUCAAUGUGUCAUUAACAAAAAGUAGGGCUGCACAAUUAAUAGAAAUUUUAUCGAAAUCGCAAUAUGGCCUACUGCAAUUUUCAAAUCGCAGGAUGAGGAGGAAAUUGCAGUAUUUGUUAAAGGUGAAAUGUGUGUCAAAAUACCAUUUUAAAUUAAAUAUUGUGGUGCUGCAGAGAUGUCCUGGCCUACACAUCCUACUCAACAGACUUUAAAAAAAAACAUCUGUGUUUGAUACGGAUCCCUGCAAUAAAUCACACCGUAAUCAUUUAAAUAUGUUUUUCAAUUAAAAUGUAAAUAAUUAUGUAAAAAUUCAUCAAAAAAUAAUUCUCUCUAGUAUUGCAAAUCACAUCACAAUUGCAAGAUAUUUUAGAUAUUUUUUCUAAAUCGUGCAGCCCUAACAAAAAUCUAAUAAUCUUUUCUCAGUCAAGAAAUUCAGGAUUUUUAAUUCGCCCUCUGUAGACUCAUAAAAAUGUUAAAUCUCUCACAAGAGGAUUAAAAAACAAGAUUUUUGUUUCAGUCUAAGUGCAGCCUCAUAAAUGUACAUGUAUUGCCCCAGCACAAUUAUGGUGACUUAAGAGUACUUCAACUCUACGAUAGAAUACUCUGCAGAGAAGUGCCCGUAAUGCAUCUAUAAAUCGAAGUUGCAGCAGUUUUUAAUUCUAUUGUCAGAGAAGCAGGGCCGAUGUUCCCACCCCGACAUUGUGACACACUUGCACCAGACAGAAAUAAAGUGGGUUUUACUUUGCUGUUCCUUA